AUGGAAAAGAAAUCUUCUUCGUCAACUGUUAUCUGUGCUUUGUGUAGUGACGGUUUUGAUCUAGUCAACACACAAACGAAUAUCGUGCGUGUACUGGUUCAUCCUUCGCUCAAGACAAAGAUCAGCACUUGUCAAGAGGACUAUGUCUUUCUUAUCAUACCUGUAAAUGAUCUAAAGAAGAGAAAGUUUUUUCAUUGUUUUAGUAAAGUUUUCGAAUUGACAAUAUUCAAUCGAUGGCUAAAAUGA